CAAAAGAAUUCCUUAUUGUUAAGAAACCGCGCAGCGCAAAUAAAAAGUGAGCGAAAGAAAAUAGACUAUCGACAUUUCUCCCCGAAAAUCCUAACAAUUAAAUUUAAAUCUCUUUCCAUCUUAAUUUCAAACCCUAACAAUACCCAAUUCUUCUAACAAAACCCCACCUCCAUGACCCGACCCGUCAAACGCGAACCCCACAUUACCCCCCAUCCUGCUGCUGCUGGUAGUACUAGCAGCAGCAGCAGACUCAAUAAUGGUGGAGCCGAAACGAGCGAUAUGGACAGUCAAGAGGCCACUGAACGGAGACAUCUCCGUUCACGUUACCGUGACGUGAAGAGAAUCAUAAUUGGCACUCUUUUCUUUCUUUCUUUUUUUCUUAAUUUUCGUAGUUUGUUUUCGAGUCCUUUCUGUCUUCAGUAUUUACAAGUUUCCUUUUUAUUUGGCUUUCUUCACAGUUUGACACAUGAGUGAUGCAUUUUUGUUGAAAAAUUUGAGCAGAUGGAAGAGAGGACGUUGAAAGGGUUGAUUCUGAUAAGUUUAAUUCCAUUAUUAAUCAAGUGGAGGACUUGCACAAAUUGGAAACCUAGAGAACAAGUUGCUGAUGCAGAGGCUUUAUUGGAUAUAACAAACUCUUUGGUAGCCUCUGUUAAGGCGCAUGGACAUGAUGGAAUAACACCUUCAGAUUUUGUCAAUGGUCUCCUUAGAGAUUUUGGCCGACAAGAUGGGCCUAGUACUAGUGCUGACGGUAGCAGAAAUUUGAUUGCUUGGAAAGAUAUUGGAGUUGCUGUCUCACAUAUUUUCAGUAGUUGUCCUGGAUGCUGUACCAUGGUUGGGCCGAUGGAUACUGAGUUAAAGCAACGGAAGGCUGUUGUUGGUAGAAGACGUACAAGACCAACCGGAAGUGUUCAACCCGAAGAGGUCAAUGACAGUGGUGCAAAGGAGAGAACAGAUACUGACAAAAAUAUGGCAACUAUGUUUAGUAUUUUAAAGAAUAAAAGAAGUGUCAAGCUUGAAAAUUUGGUUUUGAAUAGAAACUCUUUUGCACAGACAGUGGAGAAUUUGUUUGCUUUGUCAUUUCUAGUUAAAGAUGGAAGGGCUGAAAUAAAAGUGAAUGAGAAUGGCUGGCAUCUUGUUUCUCCAAGGAAUGCGCCUGAUGCUGGUAAAGUAGUCUCGGGGGAGGUAGCUUACCGGCACUUUGUCUUCAGAUUUGACUUCAAGGAUUGGAAGUUGAUGAUAUCUGCUGUUGAGGUAGGGGAGGAGCUAAUGCCAAAUAGGAAUCAAAUAAACAUGCCAAGUGAUAGCCUAGCAGAUCCGAUACCUGUAGAAACUCAGGCAGGAGGACCUACCACUCCCAUUCGGAAGUUCUCCAGGAACCGUGGUUUGGUUUUACAAGAGAAGACAGUUGUGGAAGACUCAACUCCUGAGAACGAUAAUAUCCAAGUAAGAAUACCCGCUUUUCGGAAAGGGAAGCGAAAAAUGAGGUGAGAAUGUAAGCAUGCGGGGGGAUUCAGCCAGAAGAUAUUGGGACCUCCCCAUGAGUCAGUCAUAUAGUCGUGUACAUGCAUAGAAUGAUAGAGGUUAAUCAGUAUUUUAGCAUUUAGGCCAUCAUAUUAAUCGUGGCCUUUUUCUGUGUUCCCUAGGGAUUCUUUUUGGUAGAAAUUUGAGAAGCAAAUUAGCAACCAUCUUUCCUCUGUUC